GUGUCAUCGGGCUGCUGGCCUUGUACCUGGUGUUCGGUUAUGGAGCCUCUCUCCUCUGCAACCUGAUAGGAUUCGGCUAUCCAGCCUACGUCUCAAUGAAAGCCAUAGAGAGCCCCAACAAAGACGACGACACCCAGUGGCUGACUUACUGGGUGGUGUACGGUGUGUUCAGCAUUGCCGAGUUCUUCUCUGAUCUCUUCCUGUCCUGGUUCCCCUUCUACUACAUGCUGAAGUGCGGCUUCCUGCUGUGGUGUAUGGCCCCAAGCCCUUCGAACGGGGCUGAGCUGCUCUACAGGCGCAUCAUCCGCCCGUUCUUCCUGAAGCACGAGUCCCAGGUAGACAGUGUGGUGAAGGACCUGAAAGACAAAGCCAAAGAGACCGCAGAUGCCAUCACUAAGGAAGCCAAGAAGGCCACAGUGAACUUGCUGGGUGAAGAAAAGAAGAGCACCUAGACCCUCCGCUGCCGGCGCUUCCCUGCCCUCGCUGCGCCCCCCUCGGAGAGCUUGAAGUUACCAGGGACUGCGGGGUCAUCGUCUCGAUAAUGCUGCCUUGGAGACACUUUUGAUAUAUUAAAAUGCAAUGUGCUGUAAGUGUCCUGCUGUCACUAUCUGUAUACAUAGGAAGCAUUUAAUUUAAAUUUAAUUUAAAUUCAAUGCAGUGGGCAAUCUAAAUUUUUGAGAAUAUGUUUUGCCUCUGGGUAGGAAAAGACAUGUUACUAUCCUGCAAGAAAUAUAAAGUAAAAUAAAAUUAUGUGUCCCACAGGCUCUGUACUUCUCUGGGCGACUCUGCAUGCAUUUUCUCUGUGCUUAACAUUUACACCAUGUAAUAUACGAUUUCAUGGACUUCUUCAGUGUUCUCUGUAUUUAUGUACAUAGAGAGAAAUGUCUCUACGACGGCCAUGCGCAUAGUGCUCCUGAGGAAGGAGCCGGGGAGGUUGUACAUCCACUUACGAAUCCUGUGCAGCAAGACCACCUGCCAAGGUGGGAGGCACCGUUCUGCGGGGUGAUCUGCUGCCUCCUUCAGAAAGCGAAUACAAAUUAGUAACAGCCACACAAAGUGAGAGACGAGCUUGAGUGGAGGUCGCCUGCCUACUGUGCUAACACUGCAGUCCUGAACCCUAGGACAACCUUGUAGAGCAGUCGGUCUCGGGGUAAGCGGGGAAAUGUGUGCACGUCGGUCUGUGGCUCCGACUCCCGGCGAAAUAGCAGCGCUGUCUUCCCUACUUAAGCUUUCGAUGUGUCAGUUUUUAAGAUGCCGUGAAGGCCAUUGCUGGCUUUACCUUUAUAGCUAAUAUGUUGUUGUAGUCCUUUCUCCUCCAAUCCUGUUUAAGCCAGUUUAAGAAACCCCUCGAGACGCUCCACCUCUGAUGCCACAGCUGUUCUUGUUCAUGUCAUUAGCAUGAGCGUGACGACGCUCGCGCAAGCGCAGCUCCAGGGCCGUGACAGGAGCCCGGAUGGGCCUGUCGUCCGGCUGGAGUGGUCGGCCAGGCUGCCUUCGCCCUGCUUACACUGUAAUGUGGGGGUCGAGGCUUCCCUGGUUUAUGUGGCAGAAUUAUUUUUAGUCCAUUUAAAUGCUUUCAUCUUUCUUUGUUUUCAUAAAUUGCAUAUGAAAGCGUAAAGUACAGAGUAAAAAAAUGAUGUCUCCAAUUUUAUUGGAUACCUAGACAUCUGGAUUUGAAUUGACUAGACUAAAAUGUAUAACAAAAUUAACAAGAUUCAACAUCCAGUUAAUAAAACUCUUUUAAGGCAAAUGAAGAUGAUUAGCUCUUCAAUAAGGAAUACAUCAUCUAAAUGUAAUAUGGAUCAGAGACUUGUUUUUUCCCUCAAAAAGUCGUGAUAAUUAUUUUUAAAACAUUGUUUUUUGGAGGAGAAUAAAAACAAGCCUUUGGUUAGAAAACAGUCUGUCUAAAAGUGUUGUGAUCUCCGCCAUAAACUGAAGUGUGCUCUCGGUGAGGGACAGCGGCGUGUGCCUGCGGUCCCAGCUCGUUGAGAGGCCGAGAAAAGAGCAUUCAUUGCAAGUUCAAAGUCAGGCAGGAAAUUUAGCAAGACUGGCACAAGGUAAAAUUACAAGGGCAAGGGAUGGAGCUUGGGGGUAGAGCACUUGGUAGCACCCUAGUGCUAGGGAAAGAAGUACACUUCACCGUGACAAAGAUUAGCAAGCCCUAGCACACAUCGUACUGUUAGUGUACAGAAUUAUUAAGGUGGGGUGGCAUGAAAUAUUGCUGAUAAUUACAGGUUAACCCGUGUAAAAACUACAAGAGUACAAUAUAAAUGCAGAUUCUUUUGUUGCCUUAAUACCACAGCUUUCCCCUACAGCACAUCCUAUAAGAAAUUCUAUAAGUUACUAUUGUUUGGCAGCUUAAGGGUACAUCAAUGGCAGAAGCUAUGAUUUGAGUAAUUCUGUCUCUGUAGAUUUCUCAAAUAAAAUACUGCCAUUAUCUGGCUGGAAGUGAAAGCAUUUAUUUGUACGCGAGUACUAUUUCAAGGGUGUGUGAAAUCAUGGAAUUUCUCCUAAGCAUCUGAAAGUCUUCACAAUGAAAGCGUUCCCGCAGCACUUCUCUUCCUUGCAAGCUUAGUCGAACCAACAGAUUAAUGCUACUCUAGUGAAAGUCUUCCAUCACAGUCUGCAAAAAAUGACCACGGGCUUGUAAGUAAGUGAUCUCCUGUCCUGAAGGCAGAGUGUUCUGAAUAGAAGCGGAUGUACAGUGGCCCCUCACCAGAGGUAAUGUGCCAGGACUCCCGGUCGAGUUCUAAAGCUGAAGAUAGUAUUGAGUUCUCUAUAAAUAUGCUGUUUUUGCUCCCUGUACUUAUGGAAAGUUUAUAAUUAGGCAAAGUAAGAAGUUAAUAAGUGAUUGUAACAAUGUACAGUACUACAACAAUGUGGUCUUAAUAUCCGUGCCAUACUGUGCUUUAAGAUUUGUUGACCUUGAGUCAUUGAAACCAAGGAAGAUGAAAGUGCAGAUAAAGGGGACUAAGCAGUGUUUAUUGUUCGUUUGUGUUUUAAAAUUUUGCUCAAUCCUAGAGGUUAGGAAAAAAUGUACUACAAACUAAGAUGAAAUAUAAUUGUUAAAUGAGACUUGAAUUUUAUUAACUGUAUUCCUCACCUGGCUUGUAAUUUUCCCCUGGUGGUUACUGUCAGAAAAAGACUCCCUAAAAAGUAUCAACCAACCCUGUACCCCCCCAAAAAUAAAAGAAACUGAUGUAAUAAAA